AAAUAAAAAUAAAGAGUAAAAAUAAAUAAACUAAAAAGUUAAAUAAUAAAAAUAAUAGUAAUAAAAGGGGUGGUGAUGCUUAAAUAAGAAGUGGGGGUGUCUAAACCACUUUUAGAAAACUAAUUGGGCCUAAACCCAAGUGGCUAGGGGUGCGGCUAGGAGAAAACGGGGUGCAGAAAGGAUUUAUUAUUUGGUUGCCAGAAUGGGUUUGAGCCCAAAUAGAAGGGGGCUGCAAAUGGAAGCAAAGGGGGUGCGGCAGAAAAUAAUUUGCCAGCCCAAGCACCCUAGCCCAAGGCUGUCUCUUGACCUAGAAACCUAGAGGGGUUCGAAUCUCCUCCCCUCAUUUCCCACUCCAACACUCAGACUCCAAGUUUCUCUUUCUCUCGCACUCAUUCUCCAAAGACCAGGGGUCUCUUUCUCUCUCUCCGUCGCACCGUCACAAACCAACACCCACCUCGAACCGGCCAUCGCUCCGUCGCCAAAAGUGUCGCCGGCAACCACCGCCCAAAACAUCAAAACCUCCGCGCUGCAGCGACAUCAGAUGCGAACACCAUCGUCGCGCGAGAGAGAUCGCUUUCUCCUUCGUGGGUCGUCUCCUAGGCAGGCUCGUCCGCCGCACCAGCGAUGGUGCCACCGGCCGUCACUAGGGUGGCCGUCGGUCACCACGUUAAUGGCUUCUUUCCUUCUUCGUCGGCGAGCAGGGAAGCCCUUUCUCUCUUCUGUUCUAUUUCUAUCUCCCGAUCCUCACCGAAGUCGUCACCGCCAAAGAGAAGGAAGCCGCCGCCACUGAAUCCACAGGUCACAGCUACUGUGGGUCGCCAACAAGGAAAAUCCUUUCCUCCUCUUUGCAUUCGUGGUUGUCGCCACCAAAGGCCUGCGGUUUCGACUCACGCAACUUGCAGAUUGGGGGAAUAUGGCUUAUGGGUCACGAAUGGACUCGAAAUCAGAUUAGGGGCAGGGGUAUUUGACACUUUGUUUAGGUGUGAUGGUGAUACGAAGGGAAGGUUAAUCUGGUGGUGAAAGAGAGGGGUGAUGGGGCUACGACGGCAUGAGGAUUUCCGGUGGAGGAGAUGAUACGAUUGGGGUUCUAAGUGGUUGGCUUUCUUGUUUGUUUUGUCCUUUGUUUUAAUACAGGAUGCUAGAUGUUAGGAACAGGGGAGAAGAAUACCUUGAGGCCAUCCGAUAAUGCGGGGUGAUGAAAAGGAAACCAGGCACGGGCUUCCUAGAAACUGCAAAGUACUUGGGUGAUAGUUAAGCUAAACAAAGGGCGUUACUAUUGGCUUGGUGUAUUAUGUCUUCUUACAAGAUCUAUGAGCACGGUGUGGAGAACACGGGGGGUUGAAUAAUAGAAACAAUGUAUAGGAACCAUUUCGGUUGUGAAGAGUACUCAAAGGGAAGAUAUGGGAUGGUAGUGAUGGUGUCGGGUAAUAAUAGACAUUAACAGAGAUGAUGAUGAUAUAUAAUUGUACACCGGGUAGUGAUGGUAAAUGAGAAAGAUUUAAACCAUAGUAUAUGUGCAAGUGCUCGCAACAUAGUAUAAAUGCAUUCAACAAUAAUCACAGGGCAGCAGCGCAACAUUACUAUAUUCAAGAGUAUCAAACAACUCAAAACAUGGAGUGCAAGGCAACUUACCUCUCAAAGAUCCGUUUACACUCGCCAACCUCGCGUCUCCAACGGGUCUCCUUCUCCUCCCUCGGUGUAGGUCCAACUUUCCAAAAUGAAGCUUGCUCUCAAGUCCUUGAUUCUUGAUGUCGUGAGUGGUGCCUUUUUUACUUCGUAUUCUCUUUGUAAAUGAGUGAUGAUAAAAAUGCAACCCUGUGUGCCCUCUUUUCUGCUUA